GCCUAUGGAAAAGAGGGAGGUGAGGGUAAACGUUGUGCGUAUUUCCCCAUUCAUUGGAUGGCUGCUGUGUCAGUCAUACUCUGCCCAGUCUCGUUGGCUGGAAGGCUCCAGGCAGGUAGCGUGGACGCGGUGCUGCCCCCUCCUGAGCUGCGAACUAGGCGCGUGACGUCUCAGACAUUUGUUGUUGGGGUUUGGGCCUCAUUAAUUAUUCAUCAGGUACUUGAAAGGGCUGCAGUGAUUGGUAGCUGAGAGGCCUGGUCGAUUGUUUCUUAGCUAGAGAUACGUGUCACCCUCUACGCGGCUGGAGAAGUUUCGCAUAAAUUAUCCGAUGAGGGGCGGGGCGGGGCCACGCAUACAUUAGGCAAAUACGCCGAGGAGGGAGGGGAGGCCGGCUACGAAUUAGCCUAAGUUAUUAAAGAUGGCGGCGGAGCGGAGUCGCUCCCCGAUGGACUCGCCGGUCCCGGCCUCUAUGUUCGCCCCCGAACCCAGCUCCCCGGGGGCGGCCAGGGCCGCGGCGGUUGCCGCCCGGCUCCACGGCGGCUUCGACUCGGACUGCAGCGAAGACGGCGAGGCGCUCAACGGCGAGCCGGAGCUGGACCUCACCAGCAAGCUGGUUCUAGUGAGCCCUACAUCAGAGCAGUAUGACAGCCUACUUCGGCAGAUGUGGGAGAGGAUGGACGAGGGAUGCGGAGAGACCAUAUAUGUCAUUGGGCAGGGAUCAGAUGGGACUGAGUAUGGGCUGAGUGAAGCUGAUAUGGAGGCCUCCUACGCUACAGUGAAGAGCAUGGCGGAACAGAUAGAGGCUGAUGUCAUCCUCCUGCGGGAACGUCAAGAAGCUGGGGGCCGUGUGCGUGAUUACCUGGUCCGGAAACGAGUAGGAGACAAUGACUUCCUGGAGGUCAGGGUAGCAGUAGUAGGCAACGUGGAUGCUGGCAAAAGCACGCUCCUGGGGGUCCUGACACAUGGGGAGCUGGACAAUGGCCGAGGCUUUGCCCGUCAGAAGCUCUUCCGCCACAAACACGAGAUUGAAUCUGGUCGCACCAGCAGCGUGGGCAACGACAUUCUGGGCUUUGACAGUGAAGGCAAUGUGGUGAACAAGCCGGACAGCCAUGGUGGCAGCCUGGAAUGGACAAAGAUUUGUGAGAAAUCCACUAAGGUGAUUACCUUCAUUGACUUGGCUGGCCAUGAAAAAUACCUGAAGACCACUGUCUUUGGCAUGACAGGUCAUUUGCCUGACUUCUGCAUGCUCAUGGUGGGCAGCAAUGCUGGCAUCGUGGGGAUGACUAAGGAACAUCUGGGCUUGGCAUUGGCACUCAAUGUGCCUGUCUUUGUGGUGGUCACCAAGAUUGACAUGUGUCCUGCCAACAUCCUGCAAGAAACCCUGAAGCUGUUACAGCGCUUGCUGAAGUCCCCAGGCUGCCGGAAGAUCCCUGUAUUGGUACAGAGCAAGGAUGAUGUGAUCGUUACGGCCUCCAACUUCAGCUCUGAGAGGAUGUGCCCGAUAUUCCAGAUCUCCAACGUUACAGGUGAGAACCUAGAUCUGCUGAAGAUGUUCCUCAACCUCCUCUCCCCCCGCACCAGCUACCGGGAGGAAGAGCCUGCUGAGUUUCAGAUUGACGACACCUACUCUGUCCCAGGUGUGGGGACAGUGGUGUCGGGGACAACACUGAGAGGCCUGAUCAAGCUGAAUGACACACUGCUGCUUGGCCCAGAUCCCCUGGGUAACUUCCUGUCUAUUGCUGUCAAAUCAAUCCACCGCAAGCGCAUGCCUGUCAAGGAGGUGCGGGGGGGCCAGACAGCCUCCUUUGCACUGAAGAAGAUCAAGCGCUCGUCCAUCCGCAAGGGCAUGGUGAUGGUUUCCCCACGCUUGAAUCCCCAAGCAUCCUGGGAGUUUGAGGCCGAGAUCCUUGUCCUCCACCACCCCACCACGAUUAGCCCACGCUACCAGGCCAUGGGCCACUGGGCUGCUCAGUCUUGUGGUGACCCCCUGGCUCUCUUGGCAGUGCACUGUGGGAGCAUCAGGCAGACGGCUACCAUUCUGAGCAUGGACAAGGACUGCCUGCGCACGGGGGACAAGGCCACUGUGCACUUCCGCUUCAUCAAGACCCCUGAGUACCUGCACAUAGACCAGCGGCUGGUGUUUCGAGAAGGCCGCACCAAGGCCGUGGGCACCAUCACCAAGCUCCUCCAGACCACCAACAACUCCCCGAUGAAUUCAAAGCCCCAGCAAAUUAAAAUGCAGUCAACAAAAAAGGGUCCCCUGACCAAACGAGAAGAAGGAGGCCCCUCUGGAGGGCCAGCAGUAGGGGCGCCCCCCACUGGAGAUGAAGCUUGCUCUCCAGGGGCUGUGCAGCCAGCUCUGUCCAGCAGUCUCCAGCCACAGCCCAAGCCCAGCAGCGGGGGCCGGCGACGGGGGGGCCAGCGUCACAAAGUGAAGUCCCAGGGGGCCUGCGUGACUCCUGCCAGCGGCUGCUGAAUCUCCCCGGCCCACCCCCACCACCCAAGGAAUCCUUGUACUCUGGCCACUGUUCUACCACGUGGGCCAGAGCAGCUCUGACCACCACCCGCCCUCCCCCAGGCCACAGCGGAGCCUCAUCAUUCCCCACCCUCCGCCCCCAUUUUCCAGGGGGGUUGUAAUUUAUAAGCUGAGGAAGGUGGCCAGACUUCUGGAGGACUGACCAUCAUCCACCUUCUUCCCUGCCUUCUUCCUUACUCACAUUUUUGUACAUCUGGGCCCUUAGUUUUUAUUCUUUUUAUUCUCUCUUUAGUGUGUGUGUGUGUGCAUGUGUGGGUGUGCGCGCGCGCGCGCUCGCGUGUGUGUGUGGGGGGUGCAGAAGUGUAGCUGGUCAGGGCCCUGGCAGUCUUUCUCCUUUUUUCCUCUGUGGCUGGCCACCAGCCUCCAGGAGCUGGCUGCCUGCCCAUCUGUCCAUCCGUCUGUGUGUCUGACAACCUUUAGGGGCUUUCAGGAGCUGAAGAGCACCCUCCUCCCCUGUGCUCAGCCUCCUCCCCUGUGCUCACUCCUCUGCACCCAGAGCCCUCCACAGAGCCGGACUUGGGGCUUAGGGGCUUCGUAAGUGCUGCUGCCAGAGCAGGGAGCCUUCCUUCUGCGACUGGGGGGCUUUUAGCAGAAUGGAGAGUGGUAGCCUCCUUUUCUCUCUCUCCUCCUUCUCCCCGCCCCCUUAAGCCCCAAAACAGGUAAUGCCAAAAUCUCUUAAGCUGUAGCCUGUAGAUGUGGGGGGGGAGUGGCACUUGGGUUGUAGGAACCUCCCUGCCCCUAACUCUGACCCUUGCCACUGACCCAAAGACAAAUGGUGGUUUUCCUUUCCCCUUGGAGACAAUCCUGUGUUUGCCUGGCCAGGCCAGGGCAACUCCCAUUGUGCUGAUUUUGAGCUGGGGGCUCUGGCCCUUGAACUUUCUAUGAAUCUUAUUGGGCCUUGGGGCACUAAUGACCUGGACUGGGAUUGGCUUGCUCUGGGUCCCGCUCACCAGCACCUCCUGUUGGUGGGGGUGUGAGGUGUUCUCUGAGCCAGGCCAGGACUGGAACCCAUUCUUCCCCACUACAGCCCCACCAUGUUGCCCCAGCAUGGCUGCUACAGGAGCACAACAGGGAAGGGCCUGAGCCCCAGUUUUGGAAGCCCCAUUUGGGGUGUGGGGAGGGCAGGUAAGGGUAGUGAAAAAGAUUCUUCUAGGCCCAGCACAGAGCAUUAACCCCUCUGGAAGAGUCACUGCCUGGGGUGGGGGUGGGGUCAGGGUCACUCAGGCCAGCGACGGCAGUGUGGGGCCCACACCAGCCUGGCCCGAGCUGUGGCCAGAAGCCCUGGGUUUAGGGUGGACUGGUGGGUGGAGAUGUGUUCUUUCUAGCCAGGGCAGACACCCAGCUGGCUGGGUCCUUCCUCAGCCUUGCCUCCCUCCCAUCCCCAACCGUCCUCCCUCCUUCCUGCUUCUGGACUGCUGGUCCCCUCACCUCCCCUCCUUCCAGCUGUUUCCAGUUACCACUGGCCCAUGGCCGUGGACCGACCAGACCAGCACAAAGAAUAAAAGUUUGUUCCAAGCUGACGGUGUCCUGUUCCCUGCCCCGGCCCCCCAGCUGGCUGUGCCUGCCCCCGAGCCCCCAGCUGCAGCACAGGGCAGGGGCGGGAGGAGCCCAGCUUCUCUCAGACGCGCUUGGCUUCAAAAUGCAGGCCCCUCUGGCAGCUGUGACACGGGACAAGUUGCCAGUCGUCCCUGAACCUGUUCCUCAUCUAGAGCGAGGGGGAACAAAUGCCUGUGUCGUGGUGGUUGUGAGGCUUCAGCGAGGGAGCGUGUGGUGAGGCUCUGACGCGCCAGCCUGUGGGAGGCGCCGCGGGCUCCCAGGUCCUCGGGGCAGUGGGCAGGCGUGCAGGGAGAAAGGGGGCGUUGACCUGUGUCCGGCUGGAUGGCUGCCUCCCUUAGGCGCUUUCAUUUGGAAGCUGUCAUCUAGGAGAGAGGCGGCGGUCCCUUUUUCUAGUUAAGGCGACUGAAGCUCGGAGGGACAGCGCCACCAUUGGGCACGUUCCUGCCCGCACCAGCCCUCAGCCCCAGCCGACAGUAGGCGGCCGCUCUGCCCCGUGGCCUUGGGCCCCUGCCUGUCCUUUGUGUGCUAGUUCCUUCUUGCUUUUUGACUCUGGUCCUGCUUCUAGGGGCUGUUGCCCACUGGUACCUUCGCAAGAGGAAGGCUGCAGCAUUGAGCACCCCUCUGCUCUCUGUCCCCACGGCAGGUGCUGUGGAGCCCGUGUUUCCACAGGACUUCACUAGGGUGGGACCUUGUUUGAACUCUUUGCCACUAAGAGCAUAACCACUUUCUUUACAUUUGGAAGCUGUGGUCUCCACCCUGGCCUCUGCCCUCAGACGCGCAGGAGGUUGGUUUGGAUCUCAGUGGUCACCAGACCCACGCCUGCUAGCAGGGGCUGACUGAAUACAGUGUUUUACUGUCAUUAACAGCGACUCCACAGGUCCUCUACGGGUCUCAGCCCUACCGACUCUCACUUUGGAACAAAACACCAGCCCUUUUAUAGCUGAUAAAGAAUAAAGUUGUUAAUCAUCUCGAACGACCGAUCCUGACCUUUCUGUAUGCACAGCUAGCAUUUGUGGCGUCUAGUUCGGUUAGGACCCCUGUUCUGGCUUAUUGGCCUCCCUGGCCCAGAAUAAGGGAAUGGGACUAUGCCAUGGUGCAGGGGGAAACACAGGUUUGGGGGCAUGGGGCAUGGAGAAAAUGGGGUGAGAGCUGUGCCUUGAGGGGUCAGGAUUUGAACAUGUGUAGAUGGGCAGAGGGUACAUGUCUGGCCUGGAGGGCACAACGAGGGGCACUGAGCCCUGACUGUGGUAAGUUCCAGGCACUCGUUUAGUGGUGCAGCUGGGGGAUAGCUCCUUUGUUGAGAGACGUUCUAGAUGCAGAGCAGGUGUUGAGUGAAGUAGGGAAAAUGGGAGUGGUCACUGGGGGUGAGCCAUAGGACCAGCUCUUUCCUGGCAUAGAGGGGUGAGGGGUUAACUGGCCCAAGGCUUCAGGGCUGGAUUUACACUGCACCUGGUACCCUCUCCUGUGGCAGUUUAUCCCUAACCCCUCUCCUCCUGACCCAUCCCAGCCUCUGUUUUCUUAGAUGUGGUGGGGACCAGCCCUGGGUCAGGUGCCAUGGUCAGGAGCAGAGUAUGUUGGAAAGCGUGUUUGUGGAACCACCCCUGGCCCUUCAAGCAGCUUAUUGGAGGCACUGAAUCUGGGGACAUAUUGGCAGGGAAGGGCCAGGACCUGUUCCUCUGAGCUGGCAGGUUCUGGCUCUUCAGGGGACCCUUCUCCUUGUGCUAUCCCAGCACAGGAACAAGGGACAAAUGUCCAGUUCCCACUGUGGAGUCCAGUCCCACACUGAAGGCAGACGUGGUCAGUAGUGAAACAGGUAGAUUCGUCUACCUUCUGCUCAAGUGACACCGAGAGGCAGGCAAAGCUGCCCACUUCCUACUGGGAUGUCUAGGAGGGCUAAUAAAGCCACCUCCCUUCUUUCUUCAUCUCCCUUUCUCUCCCCUGAGCCCAGACUCCCAGAGCAGGGCCAGCCUUAAGCCCCGUUCUCCAUCCCAGCUGGGUUUUAGUGGAGAAGCCUGGGUUUCUGAAGUUCAGGGGUAAGUCUUUGGGGCAUUGUUUUGGUUCAGAGUUCAUUCUUUUGUUUUCCCAAGAGCAGAGUCCCUGUGCCAGGGCCAGAUAAAAAACUACACAUGCCAUGAAUCCUGGGCAUAAUUUAUUUUUUUUUGCAUAGGCAUAAAUUAGAAUCUGGAGAUAAAAAAUUCAGAACCAAUAGUGCAGCAUUUGUGACAGGAGAGCGCAAAACGAAACCUGGUUGUCUGGGAUGGAGCCGCUGCCAGGGGACCAGAGGUGGCCUUGGGCCUCCUCUUCCUUCCAGCUUCCUCCCCUACGAGCCCAUCUGGGGCUCAGCCCUGCUCCUGGGGCACCUGCCUCCACAGCAGCCCCUCACGGCAGCUGGGUUACAAAGAACUGAAAUCAGCCAGUGCCCCACAGAACGGGGCUAGGAAUCAAGCCCAAAGCUUUUCAGUUAAAAAUCAGACCUUGAAAAAUAUAUACAUAAUACAGCAGGCCUGCUUGGGUCUAAAAGCCCUAUCUCCCUGCUGCCCACCACCCCUGAAUGCCACCCCCCCAUAGAAAAUGAGCCAGAAAGGAAACCAUCUGAGCAAGAGCUUGAAAGAGUCCCAAGAGGGUAGCUGAGGAUCAGGGCCCUUAUAGUCAGGGGCCUGACUAGGAUGGGGGCCCACAGUAGACAGACCUCUUCCCACCAUGACACCUUGAAUGUUACCAUCAUACUCUUUGGACCACCGCAAGAGCCUAAGGAGUACCCUGCUCCUCAUCCUUUUAAGCUUACCCCAGCUGCUUAUGGCCUCAAACUGGUCUAGGCUCCCUUCACCCUGGGGGAAUGUGACAAGCUUGCUCUGGGGCACAGGUAGGCCCUAGCAGGAAUGGGGAGCAGAGUGGGCCCCGGUCCCAGCAUCAGGAGAGCGAGAGAAAGCAACUAGCCCCAGCAGAGUGGGAAUCCUACAGGUUGGCCUCCUGGCCCCUCAGAGGCUCACAGGAGUCAGACCCUCGAGAGCAUGGGAAGCCCAACUGCCCACUGUGACCCAGACCAAAUACAGUGUAGCGAGGCCUUUGGGGGACCCCAUGGGUCAAGCUCCCUUAGGUUGAUGGCACUAGACUUCUUGUACAGGGCAGCUGGGCUCUUCUAGGAGCUUCCUGACUGGGGCUCAGUCCCAACCUGCACCACGAGCACUUUCCUCCCAGAGGACCUCACUUCCCUGCCUGCGGAUGAGGGCAGCUCACUUGCCCCAGGCCCUCACUUAUAGCCCACCCACGGCUUUGGCACCUGCUUCAUUCACACACCUACCAUCAGCAGCUCCCUGGGUGCCAGCCCCCAUCCUGUUUAAGGGGCAGACAGGUUUCACCCACCUUUGCUGGAACAUGUCCACUCAUUGCCUCUCUCCCUGUCUUUCAAUCCCCCACAAUAUGCUACAUAUAUACACCAUCCCAAGAGGGUGAAGUAGACACCCCAUGCCUGGCACAAGGAGGACAAAGAAAAGGGACACUGGAGCUUGCUGUCCACCUUGAGCUGUCCCGCUGCUAGGAAAGCCCUAUAUGUUCUCAGCUCCAUCAGGCCAGGGGUUCUUGCUCCUGGAAGUCCGUGCGCUGGUCAAGCAUGUGGGGAAGUGGCAGGGUGCUGCUCUCCCACUCCCAGAGAAGGGGGCACGUGCUGAGAGAGGCUGGACUCCCAGCUGGCUGGCUGCAGUACAGAAAAGGCCUAGUGGGUGGGUUCCCCAUGCACCCGGAAGCGGUAGAUGCAGGUAUACUCGGGAUGGCCCCAGUUAGUCAAGAUCCGUAGCUCUACCACCUGGUAUGUGGCCAUUUUAGUGUCCUG